CCCGUAAAGCGACUGCGUUUUAGUUCUAUGCAAGACCUGUCUCAUGGACAUUUUGAUGUUUAUUUGCCUUAUGAAGAUGAAUUGUCAACAUCUAUUUUUAAUUCAGUUAACUCUGAUAGAAUACCUAGCUUUGAGAAACGUACUAAAAAACGUCGUGCUAGAUUUACGAACACAAUUAGAAAAAAAAAGCUCUUACAAGCUGCUACUAAAUACCAACAAAAGAAUCCAGAAGUUCACAGAGCAGCAGCAGCUAAAUACCAACAAAAAAAUCCAGAAGUUAACAGAACAGCAGCAGCUAAAUACCAACAAAACAAUCCAGAAGUUAACAGAACAGCAGCAGCUAAAUACCAACAAAACAAUCCAGAAGUUAACAGAACAGCAGCAGCUAAAUACCAACAAAAAAAUCCAGAAAUUAACAGAACAGCAGUAGCUAAAUACCAACAAAAAAAUCCAGAAGUUAACAGAACAGCAGCAGCUAAAUACAAAAAAAAUAAUCCCGAGGUUCAUAGAGUAGCAGCAGCUCAUUACCAACAAAAUCAUCCAGAGGUUCACAGAGCAGUCGUUCGUAGAUAUGAGCAUAAAAAUCAAGGAAAACGAACGGAAAGACGAUUACUUCCAUGGAAGAUUAAAACUUUUUCCGGGAUGAAAUAUGACCCAAAGAUAGCUUAUGAAACCGAUAAAUUAGUAUCCCUGGGCACUAUGAGUCAUAAAUGCAUACACUGUAACGCCCUCAAGUUUAAAGAAGAAGCACCUGGUAUGUGCUGUAGCGCCGGUAAAGUGCAGCUUCCAGCUUUUUUGCCUCUACCUGAGCCACUCAAUAGUUUGCUCAUGGGCCUGCAUCCUGAGCACAUUCAUUUUAUGGACCGUAUUAGGAAAUAUAAUGCUUGCUUCCAAAUGACGUCUUUUGGAGCGAAACAAGUUUUAGAAGACGGAUUUAUGCCUACUUUCAAAGUGCAGGGUCAGGUGUAUCACUUAAUUGGUAGUCUGCAACCUUUACCUCAAAACACCCCUCAAUUCUUACAAAUUUAUUUUGUUGGAGAGGAUGAGAGAGAGGCAAGUUUAAGAUGCAGCAUCUUCCCUGAUGUAAAAAAGAGUCUGAUAAAGCAAUUACAGGCGAUGUUGCACUACUAUAACCCAUACUUAAAAGAUUUAAAAACUGCUCUUGAAAAAGUAUCUCACAAUUGUAAAAACUUAGAAGUUGUAAUUCAUGCUGAUAGGAAACCAGCCAAUGCUCAUAGAGGACGUUUUAAUGCACCGACAGCAAGCGAAGUAGCUCUGGUCAUAGUUGGACAGCAGUUUGAAAAACGAGAUAUUGUAUUACAAAGUCAUGACAACAAAUUACAGCGUAUUAGUGAAGUUCACCGUUCGUACGAUGCAUUGCAAUACCCGCUACUUUUCUGUCGAGGUGAGGAUGGUUACUUCAUUGACAUCUCCCACAUUGACCCGAAAACAAAGUUACCUCUUCGAAAAACCGUUUCUGCAAUGAACUUUUAUUCUUACCGCAUCAUGAUCAGACAAACGGAAAUCAACCAUUUAUUAUAUUGUCGAUCUCUCUUCAGUCAAUACUUAGUGUACGCAAAAAUUGAGACAGAGCGAUUAAAUUUUAUCAGAAACAACCAGGCGCAACUCCGAGUCGAUAGUUACAUACAUCUCAGAGAUGCUAUAGGAAUACAAGAUACCGAUGUCGCUCAGCUUGGUCAGAUGGUAGUGCUUCCGUCAUCUUUCACUGGGUCACCACGAUACAUGCAUGAAAAGACUCAAGACGCCAUGACAUACGUUCGCUAUUACGGUCGUCCUGAUUUAUUCAUUACAUUUACAUGUAAUCCUCGAUGGAAUGAUAUUAAAAAUGCAUUACUAUCUGGACAAAAGCCUCAUGAUCGUCAUGAUAUCAUUGCUAGGGUAUUUCACUUAAAAGUUAAGGCAUUAAUGACAUUGCUAACAAAGGGGAAUUUGUUUGGAGACGUGCGUUGUUUUAUAUAUUCUGUCGAAUGGCAAAAGCGUGGUUUGCCUCAUAUACAUAUUUUGUUGUGGCUACAGCAACGUAUUUCUCCAGAUAAAUUAGAUAGCGUUAUUUGUGCAGAGAUACCAGACCCUGCGAAAGAUCCUCUCCUUUAUGAAAUUAUAAAAGGCAAUAUGAUACACGGGCCUUGCGGUAAUUUAAAUAACAGAUCACCCUGUAUGAAAGAAGGUAGCUGCUCUAAGAAGUUUCCUCGACCUCUCCUUCAAGAAACUCAAACAGGAGAAGACGGAUACCCAAAGUAUCGACGAAGAGCUCCAGGAGAUGGUGGUUUCACUGUUGAAAUCAGUGGUGUGACCCUUGAUAACCGUUGGGUAGUGCCAUAUAACCCUGUGCUUUCACGUACUUUCGGUGCUCAUAUUAACGUGGAGUACUGUAACUCUGUAAAAUCUAUAAAAUACAUAUGUAAAUAUGUCAACAAAGGGAGUGAUCAGGCAACAUUUAGUCUUAAAAAUGAAAAGGACGAAGUUGAACUCUAUGAAAGUGGGCGAUACAUCAGCAGCUCCGAGGCUGUAUGGAGAAUUCUGGCUUUUCCCAUCCAUGAGAGGUUUCCUCCAGUUUUUCAUCUCACUGUGCAUUUGGAAAAUGGCCAGCGAGUCUAUUUUAACCCAAACGACUCCCAUCACUUAACAAAUAUUGUUAACAAUCCUGUAAAAACUACGCUUACAGCAUUUUUUGACUUAUGCAAAACAGAUAAUUUUGCAAAAACACUUCUUUAUGUUGAAGUUCCCUCUUUCUAUGUAUGGAAAAAUAACAGAUUUGAGAGAAGAAAACGUGGUAAUGACGUCGAUGGCUGGCCGGGAGUAAAAAAAGAUCAGACUUUAGGCAGGGUAUAUACCAUCCACCCUAAUAAUACUGAGUGUUAUUAUCUUCGCCUUUUACUACAUGAAAUCCGAGGCCCUACAUCUUUCAUAGAAUUGAAAACGGUUAAUGGUACGAUUCAACCCACAUACCAGUCUGCAUGUAAGGUUCUAGGCUUGCUAGAAGAUGAAAGGCACUGGGAUGCAGCUAUGGUAGAAGCUGCGCUUUGUGAUUCUCCAUUUAGAUUACGCGAACUUUUUGCAGUAAUGUUGAUAUUUUGUCAAUUGUCAGAUGCUUCAAAUCUUUGGGAGAAAUAUAAAGAUACCCUUUCGGAAGAUAUACGGCACCAAGUCGAGUUAGAGUUACAACAUACAGAUGUCCAUCUAAUUUUAAAUGAAGUAUACAAUAAAUGCUUGGUGUGUCUUGAAGAUACAGUGCUGUCUUUAGGAGGCAAAUGCUUACAACAGUAUGGUUUACCUCAGCCAUCAAGAUGUAGUGAAGUGUUACAAAAUACAGACUAUCUCCGAGAGAUGAGCUAUGACUCAAAUAUUUUAGCACAAAUUGUAACUACUAAUGAAAAUUUGUUAAACGAUGAACAGUCUCACGUUUAUAGCCAAAUUUUAGAAAGCAUCGAAAAAGGCACUGGCCAAACAUUUUUCUUAGAUGCUCCUGGCGGCACCGGUAAGACAUUUGUCCUCAAUCUUUUAUUGGCUAGAGUGCGAAAAGAUCGCCAGAUAGCAUUGGCUGUUGCUUCUUCAGGCAUUGCUGCAACGUUGCUGGAAGGAGGUAGAACGGCUCAUUCUGCGUUCAAACUGCCCUUGAACCUGAUGCAAGUAGACACACCUAUCUGUAAUAUUUCAAAACAGAGUAACAUGGCGCAAGUUUUGAAGGACUGUAAACUAAUAGUUUGGGAUGAAUGCACUAUGGCCCAUAAGAGCGGAUUCGAAGCUAUCAGUAGAACAUUAAAAGACAUAAGAGAAAACAAUAGUUUGAUGGGAGGGGUCACUGUGCUGUUAGCUGGAGAUUUUCGGCAAACAUUACCAGUCAUACCUAGGGGUACACGGGCAGAUGAAGUAAAAGCAUGCUUAAAGACUUCAUAUUUGUGGCCACAUAUCCGGAAACUUGCACUCCAAUACAAUAUGCGAGUCCAUUUAAGUGGAGAUACAUCCGCUGGGCUUUUCGCUGAGGUGCUACUAAAAAUAGGCGAUGGAAAUUACCCUUCACUGGAAGGUAAAAUCACAAUCCCUUCAGAUUUGGGUACAGUAGUUACCUCCUUAUCAGAGCUAACUUCUAAAAUAUAUCCUGAUAUAAGCAACAUCAAAAAGAAGCCCACAGAAUGGUUGUGCGAGCGUGCUAUCUUAACUCCGAGAAACGAUAAAGCAGCCACAAUUAAUGAUAUUCUAUUAAAGGCCUUCGAAGCUAAAGAUCUUGAAUACAGGUCUUUUGAUGCAGUGAUCCAAACGGAUGACGCCGUCCACUAUCCAACAGAAUUUCUUAAUACUCUGAAUCCUCCUGGUCUGCCAUCACAUAAACUCAUUCUUAAAGUCGGAGCACCUGUAAUGUUAUUAAGAAAUCUUAAUCCACCGAAAUUAUGCAAUGGUACGAGAUUACAAGUGAAAGCUUUGCAUAAGAACAUUGUAGAAGCUACAGUAAUCACUGGAUGUGCUCGGGGAGAGAUAGUUUUUAUCCCAAGAAUACCAUUAAUACCAUCAGACUAUCCGUUCGAAUUUAAGAGAACACAGUUUCCCCUCAAGGUGUGUUUUGCCAUGACUAUUAAUAAAUCACAAGGACAGUCACUGAAAAUGGCCGGCAUCGACUUGAGUGAAGACUGUUUUUCUCAUGGACAAUUCUAUGUCGCAUGUUCCAGAGUAAGCUCUGCGAGUAGUCUGGUCAUCUUAGCCCCGAAAGGCUGUACCGCAAACAUAGUUUACAAAGAAGUACUGGGGUAA